AUGCUCCGUGAGACCAAUAGGAAGGCUCCUGGGCGGCGCGCACCGGCAUCCGCCCUUCCUCUGUGUGCCCGGUGCUUACCUGAGCGGUCGCACUUACCACACGCACUGCGACGAUUUUACUCCUCUACUUCUCCCACUUCAAAUCCGGAAGUGCGGUUUAGUCUCGGUGCCCGGAGCGCGGGAGAGUCCUUGCCGUGUGUUCAACAAGUGUUGGAUGGUGGACGGACGGCUCUGUGGCGAGACCAGGAUUGUGACAGUGCCUGCCGUGAACUUUUGGUUUCUCCGUCCCCACACAAUCUUUCAGUGUUUCGGUUGCAAGGACCUCAGAAAUCAUCUGGCGGCUCUGAGAAACAGAAUGUGGUCCGUGUACCCCUGGUGGCCCAGGAGAUUACAUUAAGCUGGGUUACAGCCUUUUUACACCCGCCGAUCCUCUCAGAACCCAUGUCUCAGAGUGAAGAUUACUGUCUCCAGAUUUGGAGCUACCAAUGUAUCAUCUAUGUCCUGCAAGAAUUCCCAGGCCAUCCAAAAAGUCAUCCUCUUUUUUGGAUUAGCCAUUUUGUGAAGCCAGCAGAGAAGCAGCAGCAAAUAAGAAGAGGUGAAGCGGAGCUAUUAGAAGUUGGACCAAUGAAGGUUCUGGAAGGGGGUGGGGCUGGUAGUAGCUUCUCAACAUUGCUGGUCUCUGGAUGCCCUACCACACCUUGUUUGUAGCCAUGCCUGGAACUCUGUGAGCAGUCCCUUCAUUAAAGUCUUUGCACUUUAACCAUCUGGGGUGACACAGAA